AUGUGGUUGAAUCUCGACACCGAUCAUCAAUACGUCCAUGUGGCGUUCUUUCUGAUUGCUGGGAGCGUUCUGCGAUUGUUAUACCGUGCUCAGAGAGGACCCCUUGCCCACCUUCCCGGGCCGGAGAUCUCGAAAUGGACUGGCGUUGUGAUGAGCUAUUACUGGCUCACCGGACGAGGUGUCUACUAUGUUGCCUAUCUGCACGACAAGUACGGACCCGUCGUACGCGUGACCCCGGACGAGGCUGACUUCGCGGAUCUCUCGGCUCUAAAGGAGAUUCAUCGAGUCGGCGGCCGUUUCGCCAAGUCAGACUUCUAUCGAAGACUGGUACCGCUCGGCCAGAACGUGUUCGCGCAGACCGAUCCAAAACUGCACGCCAGCCGGAGACGUCUUCUGGCAUCUCCCAUCUCGGAUUCCAGCUUGACAACUUUCGAGGACACCAUCAAUGGCAGAGUUCUUCUUGCGAUCAACAGGGCAGCCGAAGAGAUGCAGACAAGAGGAGCAGCCGACAUGUUCAAAUGGUGGCUUUUCAUGGCGACCGAUGUCAUUGGAGAAUUGAGCUUUGGCGAGUCUUUCCGGAUGCUGGAGCACGGCGAGAAGAAUCAGUUCACCCGCGACCUCGAGCAAUUGGCAGGUUUCCAGCCGUUCCGUACUACAUUUCCGUCUCUGGUGAAGUUGGCCAGGUAUCUUUCCCUGCCUUUUUUCGGUAAGAUUGCCGCCGCCGGGCGCAGGAUAGGGCAGUAUGCCCAAGCCUCGAUUGACCGCUACCACUCUCUGCUGCAGAGGACGGAUGAAAAGGCGCCUCGAACAUUGUUCACCAAGAUAUGGCUCGACAAUGAGCUGUCUCCGGAUGACAUCCGAAACGAAGCUCAAGCAUACAUUGUGGCCGGCAGUGAUACCACUGCUGUCACCCUCACGUAUCUGGUCUACAGUGUCUGCAGAAAUGAGUCGGUACGCAAGAAGUUGCUCGAAGAGCUAGCGUCCCUCCCGGAGGACUUCAGGGACAAGGAUCUGAGGAACCUCAGCUACUUGGACCAAGUGAUAACCGAGACACUGCGGCUGAAUGCGCCCGUGGCAGUAAGUCUACCGCGCGCAGUGCCACCAGAGGGUGCCAGGCUCGCGGGGUACGAUAUUCCAGGCGGCGUCACUGUCUCGACUCAGGCAUAUACAUUGCAUCGUUUAAAGGACAUCUUCGAAGAUCCUCUCAGGUUCAACCCCGACCGAUGGGCCACACCCUCGAAAGAGAUGAAGGAAGCGAUGAUGGCCUUUGGAGGUGGCGCACGAAUCUGCCUCGGUAUUCAUCUCGCACGGAUGGAGCUUCGUCUUGCGACGGCUAGGUUCUUCACCAGAUUCCCAUCUGUCCAAAUAUCUCGGCAACAUGGUAUGGACGAUGGGGAUAUGGAACAAGAGCAUUACUUCCUGAUGGCGCCGAAAGGCCACCGUCUGCUGGUGGAAGUAUAA